UCUUCCCUCCUUCCCCGGUCCCCUCCACCCCGCAUCCCCUGCCCCUCUCCUCUUCCCCAGCGGGCUCCUUUCCUCCUGGGGUUCCCUCUGGAGCUCCAGUCCCGGGCACUCCCACCCCCGCCGAGUGCGGAGUCCGGAGACACCUGGGGGCGGGGAGUCCCGGGCAGCGCCGGGCUGGGGAGACGCCGGGGGCACUGCCCGGCGCUAACAAAGGGAGAAGCUGCUGGCCGGCGUGGGUGCCGAGCGGGCGGAGCAGCCGUAGCCUUCCCGGCUUGGGAGCGCUGCAAGUCGGGAAACUGAGGUGGGUAAAGAGAAGAGGGAGCGCAGACGUUACUACAACAAACGCACGUGCGCCCUGCCCAGCAAAGCCGGACAAAGCCUCUGGUUUUGGGUGAGGACGUAGGACGAUUUUCAGCUCUUUCAUUUGCAAGAAAUUCAGGGACCGGAAAGAGAGGCCUCUGGUUUGUUUUGCAUGUUCGGUGCUCAGUUCAGCUUGGCCGAUUUGACAUGCUGAGAAGCUGCGAUCUAGCGUUGGGCUACUUGGCCUCGGAGGCCUCCACUCUGCACCGCCCUGGCGGCCAGCGAUGGUAGAACCCAGAAUUCUGUGGUUGGCUUAAAAGACAGGGAUAGAGCCAGUUGUGCACGGCUCUGCAGCACAGCCUGCCGCCCAGAGAGAAGCCCAGCUGAGAUGAAACUGCCCUAAGCCCUCUCCCAGAGCUGAGCACACCUGGAAGCAAGGUCGUUUGAUGACCAAAGGAACUGUUGAUUUGCCAGCGCAGGUCUUUUGGAAUCUUGACAAGGAGUUGUAUUUUCUCCAUUGCUGAUGAAACUUGAACUCCAAAGAGGAUGAAUUAGUCCUCCAGGAAGAAGUUGGCUGCAUUUUCCCUUUCGGUUCUUACUCCUUUGAGGAGGGAGUGGUCUGUGAAUUAUUGACAUCCAUUUAGAAAGGCAGAAGAAAACCCUCCAUUAUGGACCAACAUCUGGGGCACAGCUCCUUCCUGGAAAAGUUAAGAAGUUGGUCAGAGAAGUGUGAAAAAGAAGCUUCAGCACUACUGGAUGUGAGAGUCCAGACUGCAAUCAGAGCUUUUGACUCAUAAUCUCUACUGGGGAGGGGGGGUGCUGAUGCUUUUUGAUCAUCCUGAGAAAAAUGAGCCUUGGCCUCCAGACCAAGCAAAACCAAUAUCCCUCCCAUGGAGAAUAGUGCUAGUUCCUGAGGACCUAGAAGAUUUACAGCCCUAAAGAGAUUAGCUAGAAGCAGGCUUGUUUUCCUGCUCAGAUUCUGGAAUACAUCUUUCAUUAUGAUCCACACCAACUUGAAGAAAAAAUUUAGUUAUUGUGUCCUGGCCUUUCUUCUGUUUGCAGUCAUUUGUGUGUGGAAGGAAAGGAAGAAAGGGGGUUAUUAUGAUUCCCUUAAGUUGCAAGCCAAGGAAUUACAGGUGUUGAGGAACUUUGAGAAACUGGCCAUGGGGUCUAGUCCCCAGUCUGUCUCCUCAAGUGGCACUCAGGACCCCCACAAGGGAAGCCAGGCCUUCAGCAGUGCAAGAGUCCCAGCCAAGGCCAAACCACAGGCCUCCUACCAGGUGUGGAACAAAGACAGCUCAUCCAAAAACCUUAUCCCCAGGCUGCAAAAGAUCUGGAAGAACUACCUGACUAUGAACAAGUACAAGGUGUCCUACAAGGGGCCAGGGCCAGGUGUCAAGUUCAGUGCAGAGGCCCUGCGCUGCCAUCUUCGGGACCAUGUGAACGUAUCCAUGGUAGAGUCUACAGAUUUUCCCUUCAAUACUUCUGAAUGGGAGGGUUUCCUGCCCAAGGAGAACAUUCGGACCAAGGCUGGGCCAUGGAGCAGGUGUGCUGUUGUUUCAUCAGCAGGAUCCUUGAAGUCUUCCCAGCUGGGCCGAGAGAUAGAUGAUCACGAUGCAGUUCUGAGGUUUAAUGGGGCACCCACAGCCAACUUCCAACAAGAUGUGGGCACGAAAACAACCAUUCGCCUGAUGAACUCCCAGUUGGUCACCACAGAUAGGCGCUUCCUCAAGGAUGGUUUGUACAAUGAAGGAAUCUUAAUUGUGUGGGACCCAUCUGUGUACCACUCAGAUAUCCCAAAGUGGUACCAGAAUCCUGACUACAAUUUCUUUAACAACUAUAAGAGCUACCGCAAGCUGCACCCCAGCCAGCCCUUCUACAUCCUCAAGCCCCAGAUGCCUUGGGAGCUGUGGGACAUCCUUCAGGAAAUCUCCCCUGAAGAGAUUCAGCCAAACCCCCCAUCCUCCGGCAUGCUUGGUAUCAUUGUCAUGUUGACGCUCUGUGACCAGGUGGACAUUUAUGAGUUCCUCCCAUCCAAGCGCAAGACUGACGUAUGCUACUACUACCAGAAGUACUUUGAUAGCGCCUGCACGAUGGGUGCUUACCACCCGCUCCUCUUUGAGAAGAACAUGGUAAAGCACCUCAAUGAAGGCACAGAUGAGGACAUUUACCUAUUUGGAAAAGCCACAUUGUCUGGUUUUCGGAACAUUCGCUGCUGAGCGUGGGCCUCCAGCCAAGCAUGCUCAUUCUCUACCAGCAGUUCAUGGCUGGUCUGGGCAGACCAUUUUCUUGAACCAUCCUUGGCUGUUCCUUGCAAAGGAUUGUUCUAGGGGCUUUUGACAACAAGAGCUCUGGGGUUUCUGGAAGCCUAAAAGCAAGGAACUAGGCCUAAGUUUCCAUGUUGCUAGCCACAAAGAGAGUGUAAGCUCAGCUUCCUGCUGCACACAUGGACACACACACACACACACACACACACACACACACACGACACUCUUUCUAGACAGCAUCCUUCCCUCAUUCUACAUAGGUAGAUGCACAUAUCCCACCAGGUCUGCCAAAACUGAGCUGCUUUGUUUCUUCUACCUGAAUGAUGUCAUUCUCACAAACCAGCACACUAUUGCUUGAAAUCUCUACCUAGGUGUUGGUUUCACAUUUUAAAGAAACUCUCUCAAAUCACGACUAGGCCAGGUAUGAGGUAAUUCUGGGUGGAGGUUGGGUAGAUGUGGGGUGGGGGUGUGUGAAUAAUUACUAUACAACACAUUAGAAGCACCCUCAAGUCCACUGGAGAAACAUUGUCCCCCAAGAUUGAAAUUGUUCCUCAAGAAAAAUUUCCCCAAGGAUAUGGUCCCAUCAUCUCCCUGGCUGAUUGGGCUAUUUAUUAGCCAGGGUGCUUAUCAACAAAAGACCUUUGUGUGUGUGUGUGUGUGUGUGUUUCAGUGCUGGGGCUUGAACCUGGGGCCAGAGCACUGUCUCUUACCUUUUUUACAAAAGCCAUGCUUCCACUUUUGGCUUUUUGAUGGUUUAAUUGAAGCUAAGAGUUUAAUGGAUUUUCCUGCCCAGGUACACUUCAAACUGAGAUCCUCAGAUCUCAGCCUCCUGAGUAGCUAGGGUUACAGAUGUGAGCCCUAACUACCCAGCUAAACAAAGGAUCUUGGUUAGCCUGCUUUCCUCUCCACGUGGAGAAGAAAGGUGCAGUCCCUCUCCUCAAGUUGUUCACAGUUUAGUGGGAAAGACACAUGUGUAACCGUCAGCUAGUGUGUGCUGGGCUUUCAGAGAGAUAGGCCUGAUCUCUAUAUACCAAGGAGGGAGCUAUUCUAUUGGGAUUUAUGGGUUAUAGGAGGUUCUAUAAUGCUAGGGCCUUGGGGAAGGAGAACCAGGUGACAGAUAUCAAGUGGAUUUCAGGGAGCCAUUUGACUUUUCUUUCUUCCUUCAUUACCAAUUUUUUAUUCUUUAAAAUCUGCCUGAACAUAAGGCUCAAAAUAUUUUGGGGGGAAGUCCCUUGCCCAUGUGUAACCCUAUAGCAGACUCAAUGAAACCAGAUUUCCCAAAAAAAAUUUUUGCAGCCUCAAUUUGGAUUGACCUCUAGCACCUGGGUUUGCAUACUAUUCUCCAACUCUUCCUUUUCAGCAAUCUACCCUCAUUUCUCCUGACUGUUGCCUUUUCUUUCCCUUUAGAGUAGCCUUUCCUCUCUCAAAUUAUUUCCUUCCUUCCUUCCUUCCUUCCUUCCUUCCUUCCUUCCUUCCUUCCUUCCUUCCUUCCUUCCUUCC